AUCGUUUGCAUCCCUAAACAUAUGUAUAAUCUCUGGCUGUAUUUAUUUCUAAGAGUUUUCAUCCGACUCUAGGGAGACUUUAAAAAUGUAAACAUUAGGGAAUAUUCUCAUGUUGAUUAACUGUCACACAAAUAACAUUUAGCUUUUGUUGUUUUGUGUUGUCUGUUUAAGUAUUUAUUUAAGUUUGAUCUAUUUCGCAGUAUCUAUCCAUAAUGGUUUUUAACGAAUUUCAAGCUAUUGUGAUGGCAGGAGGCAAGGGCUCGAGAGUUACUGAUCUUACUGGUGGGAGACCUAAAUGUUUACUACCUGUGGGUAACUUGCCUGUGUUGUAUUAUCCAUUACUUAUGUUGGAGAAAACAGGAUUUAAUGAAUGUAUGCUAAUAGUUUUGGAAUCAGUAAAAGCUGAUAUUCAAACUGCAGUUAAUAAUCUGGACCUGAAGAUCAGUGUAGAGUUAGUUGGCAUUCCGAGUGGGGAAGAUUGGGGCACAGCUGAUUCGUUACGAUUUGUUGAAGAUAAAAUUAAGUGUGACGUGGUGGUGGUGAGCUGCGACCUCGUGACGGACUUCAACUUGAGCGAACUGCUGCACGUGUUCCGCAAGCACCAGGCCUCGCUCGCCACCCUCUUCUUCCGGCCCAGCCAGCUCGCCUGCCCGGCCACCCCGGGCUCCAAGGCCAAGCACAAGCCAGAGCGAGACCUUGUGGCAUUAGAUAAUGAAACUUCCAGAUUAGUCUUUCUUGCAUCGAUGUCUGAUUUUGAAGAGUCUGUACCUGUGUCCAGAAAUCUGCUGAGAAAGCAUCAUUGCUUGUCGGUCCAUAGCAACUUGCUGGACUCACACGUUUAUGUUCUGCGUUCGUGGCUCUGUCGAUUUCUGUCAGACGAAAAAUCAUUCAGCACUUUGAAAGGGGAACUUCUACCGUAUAUUGUAAAGAAGCAACUGAUGAAACCACCUCCCAAGAAAGAUGUAGAUGUAAGUGCAUCUGUUGUUGCUGUGGAUUCAAAGAAAGAAAUUCUUCAGUAUGCAUUAGAAUCAGAUAUAGACACAAAGAUUCGAUCAAUGUCUUUUUACAAUGACCACAGUGGAGACUUGAAGCCUACGUAUCAUGGUGAUCCAAUUCGUUGCUAUAGCAUCAUUGCUAACCAGAAGACAUUUGGCAUGCGUGCCAAUACACUCCCCGCGUAUUUCCAAAUCAAUGCUAAGGUUGUAGACGCGUGGCCUGCAAUUGCAGAGAGGCGAGAACUAGUCAGGAUUCACCCGACCAGUGAAGUGCUGUCCACUCAGGUGGAUGACAAGUGUCUGGUUGGUGCUCAGAGCCACCUGGCGGAGAAAACAUCAUUCAAAGCUUCACACAUUGGGCCUAACUGUCACAUCGAGACGAAAGUACGGUUGUCAAACUGCGUUCUCAUGAGUGGAGUGAAGAUUGCAGAAGGAAGUGUACUUUCAAACUGUAUCGUGUGUGAUGAAGCUGUAAUAAAUAGCAGAGUUGAUUUGAAAGACUGCUUGGUUGGUUCAAACCAUGUGGUUCUUCCAGGAGCUAAACAUGCAAAUGAAAUGCUCACUGACGUUGACACAUUAAUGGAGAUUUAAAAUAUUUAUAUAUAAACCUGCUAAAAACAUUCAGUCUAUACUGAAUGUUGUAUGGUAAAUAAAAGUCUUAUUUUUUA